CAUGCUGAACAUGACGUUUCCAUGCGAUGGCUAUGUCACUGGAUGGGAAUAUUACCGGGAUAAGCUCAACGUGAAUGUAUAUGUUGAUAUCUGGAGACGGCUAUCUCCAACACCAUUUAAGAGUAAAUUAGAAGGUUCCACUAGGACCACACUUCCUCAACGAUUUGAGCUCAUCGCGAAAUCAGUGUUAGCUACAACUAAAGAUACUGCCUUGGGUGUUAAUGUCGAAAUGUUACCAAAUAAAAUAUUUGUGAAAAGAGGUGAUAUCAUUGGACUGCAUUACGAUGCAAUAAACUCCCCGGUUGUUAUUCCGAGCUCAAAUGGAGGAAAUGGGCUAGUACCACAAGAGGAACUUUAUCAGACGGUCAGUUUACCGAGAGACAAUGGGGACCUAACUCCAGGGAAUUUGGUUGAUGUCACGCCCUGGUCUUCUGCAAAGAUGGUGUUUGCUCUGA